GCCUGCAUUAACAAGUCUUGCCUUUCUUUUUGCUAUAGUUUUUAAGUCAUCAAAGACUGGACCAACCCCACCUCUUUUCUACAAAUGGAAUGCACAUCCUCCGUUUAUCUUCCUACAUUUCAUAUGGGUUCUUCUAUCUUUCUCUGGCUCUUCCUCAUCUUCUCUGUCAUAUUCUCUCCUGUUUCAGCUAAACAUUCAGUCACAUGGACCUAUGGAGUAAACUAUGGCAGAAUAGCAAACAACCUACCACAACCAGAAAGCGUGGUGACGCUUCUAAAAGCUGCAAAGAUAAACCACAUUCGAAUCUACGACGCAGAUCACGGAGUUCUCCAGGCCUUUAAAGGGUCCGGGAUAGAAAUUAUAAUUGGACUUCCCAAUGAAUAUUUAAAAGAAAUAAGUAUAGGUGAGGACCGUGCCAUGAAUUGGGUACAAGAAAACGUACAGGCAUUCCUUCCCGAUACUCGAAUCCGAGGAAUAGCCGUCGGCAAUGAGAUAUUGGGAGGGACAACUAUAGAACUUUGGGAGGUCUUAUUACCAGCAGCAAAGAAUGUUUAUAGUGCUCUAUACAGAUUGGGUUUACAGCAUACUGUUGAGGUUUCAAGUCCACAUUCAGAAGCUGUAUUUGCCAAUUCUUUCCCACCAUCAGCUUGCAUCUUCAGACCCGAUGUUGCUCCUUUCAUGAAGCCACUAUUGGAGUUUUUCUCACAGAUUGGCUCUCCGUUUUAUAUAAACGCAUAUCCAUUCCUAGCCUACAAGAAUGACCCUCAACACAUCGACAUUAACUACGCAUUAUUCAAAGAUAAUCGCGGGAUUUACGAUGCAAAAACGAAGCUACAUUACGAUAACAUGUUUGAAGCUCAGGUAGAUGCAGCCUAUGCAGCAUUGGACAAAGCUGGUUUCAACAAGAUGCAAGUCAUUGUUUCUGAAACCGGUUGGGCUUCGCAUGGGGAUCCUGAUGAAGCUGGUGCAAACGUGAAGAACGCAAGGACUUACAACCGGAACCUGCGUAAACUAUUGGGUAAGAAGAAGGGAACCCCAUUUAGGCCAAAGAUGGUGAUCAAGGCUUAUGUUUUUGCAUUGUUCAAUGAAAAUUUAAAGCCUGGGCCAACAUCCGAGAGAAACUUUGGAUUGUUCAAACCUGAUGGAAGCAUUGCGUAUGAUGUUGGGUUCACUGGACUGGUGCCUUCUGCAGCACCACCCUCCAUACUUGUCUCUUUUAAGGAAAUUGCGGGGCAGGGUUGGUUAAGAUGGUCUUAUUUAUUGGUUUCCACGGCUUGGGCUGUUGUUUUACUCUAGUCUUUUAGGAUUAUCAACAUUAUUUACUAACUUUGGAUUCUUUGUAUAGAGAAGUUCUUAUCCGACCAAGUUUACUCAACAAUAAAACUUCUAUUUCUCAA